UUGCUCAUUAUUAUUGUGCCGUGCAAAGUCAGCCAAUCAAUGACUAUGUUUGGUAUAAUUGUUGUGGUUCGCUUCAUCGUAGUGUAGUCGACUAGUCCAUGGCCAAAGGUUUCCAUUUUGUGCAGUAUUCAAUAUAAACACGUUGAGCUCAACGAUGGUGACGAUCGUCUAGAGUUAGCUUCAUGUACUAUUCCAAGUAGCAGCAAUUCCUCUGAUACAAUUAGAUAGAUCAUCAUGCUGAACAUUCACUCUCGCUUGAAGACAUCAUGCCUGAAUUUUAUGAAGGAAGGUAUUCCACCUCUGCGCAAAGUGGAGGAAGAAACUUUGAGGCAACUGCUCAAGGUAAAGAGACAAUCUGGCGAGUUCAGAGUGGUGGCCGACCCAAUUGAGCAGCGGUUCAAUCUUCAGCCAAAAAAGCAUGGCAGCUGUACUGUACAGGAUAAGCUGGCAGCUCACUUGCAAUCACUGGACUACUUGAACUGCUCCGAUAUGGUGGUCACCAGGAGGAAGCCGCUGGCGUGCCGACUGGGCAAAGAGUUCCUCAGUAGCCAGAUCCAGGAUGUGGCGAUUAAUGGCCUGCGCAUGCAGCCGCUGGCGCAGGGUGCUCGGCGGCGAGUCGUGGUGGACUUCUCCUCGCCCAACAUUGCCAAGGAGCUGCACGUGGGCCACCUGCGCUCCACCGUCAUUGGCGACAGUCUCGCGCACAUUCUCGAGUUCUGCGGUCACGAUGUGCUGCGGCAAAAUCAUGUGGGGGACUGGGGAACGCAAUUCGGAAUGCUCAUCACUCUUCUGCUGGAGAAACACCCGGAGCUUCGUGACUGUGAUAGCGCGUCGAAACUGAACAUCACACUGCAAGAGCUGCAGAGUAACUACCAGGCUGCGAAGGAACGCUUCGAUUCGUGCGAGCAGUUCAAGAAGGACUCCCUGGCUGCCGUGGUGCGUCUGCAGGACAAGCAGCAGCUGGAGCUGCACCUGUGGAACAAGAUCUGCGACGUGUCUCGCGACGCUUACAAUGAUAUCUACCGGCGGCUAGGCGUGUCGACCACGGAACGAGGGGAGUCGUUCUACGCUCCGUUCAUUCCAGACAUGCUCAAGCACUUGGAAAGUCAAGGGGCCAUAACCGCGGACGACUUUGGCCGUCGCAUCGUUCUCUUGCCGGGCUUCAAGGUGCCUCUGAUCCUGGUGAAGUCUGACGGCGGGUACACGUACGCGGCCACCGACAUGGCGGCGAUCUGGCAUCGCAUCAACGUCGUCAAGGCAGACUGGCUGGUCUAUGUUGUAGACAGUGGACAGUCGCUGCACUUCAAGUCGAUCUUUGCCGCGGCGCGCCGGUUUGGCAUCUGUCCGGACACAGUUCGCCUGGACCACGUGGCGUUUGGCCUUGUCACGGGAGCGGACGGGAAACGCAUCAAGACUCGAUCUGGUGACAGCGUAAAGCUGGCGGAGCUGCUGGAUGAAGCACAGCAGCGAGCAUACGCCGUCAUCGCUGAUCGGACAGACUUUCCGAGCGAGGAAGCCAAGCUGUCGGUGCGUGAUUCCAUUGCGUACGCCUGCAUUCGCUAUGCCGAUCUUCGUCUGCCGUCGAAUUUAAAUUAUGCCUUCGAUUUUGAUUCUAUGUUGGAUAUGCACGGUGACACUGCCGUCUAUAUGAUGUACAUGUUAGCCAGACUAAGGAGUAUCAACUUGAAGGUGAACAUGACUGACGAGGAGGUUGCCGCGGAAGCAAGCAAACAAGCACCAGACCUGGAGCACCCACUGGAGCAGGAGCUGGCAUCGGUCAUCCUAGGCUUUCCCCACAUGAUGGAGGAGCAGGUUUCGUUGAAGCUGGCGCCGCACCACAUCUGCAUGUACCUGGGCGAGCUGUCGCGCGCCUUCACCGCCUUCUACAUGCAGUGCUACGUGGUAGACUCCGACCCGGCCACCAAGGAGGUGCUGCGAGUGCACAUGAGCCGCGUGGUGCUCUGCAAGGCUGCCGGCGACACCAUGCGCAAGUGCCUGGCGCUGCUUGGCGUGCGGCCGCAGCAGGGCCGCAUGUGAACAACAGGGCAUGGUGACGAUGGCAAGCAACGACACAUGUUGAGUCCGACGAACCCCUGGCCGCAUGUGAAGAAGAAAGGACAGGGCGCAUAUGGUACGGCAGACAAGCCCUGCUGUAUAACCCAUGCUCGUUGGCACGGUUUGCUGCUCAGGCGGACCGAGAGUGCUGUAAACAUCAUCACAUGUCUGCAAUUUGCUUUACUGCUUCCCAAUCCAUACCCCACAUGUGUGUGUGUGUGUGAGUGUGUAGAACAGCACCCCCAUAUUGGGGUUUGCUACAUCAAUUCCACAUCACGUGACUACCCCAGGCAGUCACCCAAGACUUUAUAAGUCAUCUCGUUUGAAACGCACGGCGCUGCCAGUCUGGAUUCUGAGCACGGGCCAACUGCAGCACGGGAUUGGAGAGCUGGACUCGCAAUGCAACCAUUGUUCGCUGCGUUCCGCACAAGAUGAUGCGAGAGGAGCAGGGCGUGCAACUACGUGAGAAUCACACCUAGGGUGGACUACAGGCAUGCUCCUGCCUACGCCAUCAUGUGUGUCUUCUUUUCGGAUUUAAAUAGCAGAUAUUUAUCUCUUGGCGUUCUGGGUGGUGUUGCGCAUGCCUAGCCUACAUGUACACACGCAUCAUGGCGUACUCGGCUACUGUCAUUCGUCAUGCUGUUUCUGUGUAUGUAGACGAAUGCGUGCUCUGUGCUCGUGCUGCCCAUCGGCUUCUCCACUGCUGCGCACGUGCCGACCCAGACUUGCAGAACGUCUGUGACCUGUAUCACAUGAUUCACAUCGCAUGAGACUCUGCCAUCGCCGAUCCAUGGUGGAGAGUCUGCACGUCAUUGCUGCACCCACUUGGGGUUUGUGUAGGCCCACACUUGGACAAACAGCCCACUUCUUGAGAAUUGGUUGUGCUUCCCUUCCUGCACCAAAAUAAUUGUGAUCAUCGUGCUUAAUAAUUAUAUGAAGCUGAUAUCAAAAUAAUAGAUUGCCUACAAAAUGCUUUGAAGUACAUGCACUUAGUAGUGUGAAGGGCAUCCUUAUCUUGUAUGCUUGUAUUAUUUCAUUGAGCAGCGCUGCAGGCCUACUACUACUUACUACACUAUGUCUGCCACUGCUACUACCGGUAGUAGUACUAGUAGGUUCCAACAUUAAUAGCAAGGCACUUUGGGACCGAGUCGUGAAUGGUUUUUAAAAUUAUUUCAAAGUCAUACACCACACAUCCAGCAGCUUUGAAGUCUCUGCCGCAGUGUUUGAAUUAAAAAAAUGCCUGAA